GAUUUUGUUAAUUAUUGUUAGUUUUUUAUUUAAAUGGCGGAGAGGGUAGAUAAAAGAAAAAUGAGCCAUUGCACUGAAGGCCAAAAAAGGAUGCUGGUUAGUUUCCUCGAAAGUGACGAGGAACUUAGAAAAGGAAAAUUUACAAGCCAGUUCACAUACAAAGAAUCGCAAAGAAGAUGGGAAACGAUAUCCCAGAAAUUAAAUAGUGUUCCGGGUGCGAAAAAGGAAUGGGCAUCAUGGAGACGCACAUGGCAAGACUUGAAAAAGAAUGUAAAAAAAAAUCAACAUCCUUCAGUAAGUACAGCUGUGGAACAGGUGGGGGACCUAGUCCAAAGGAUCUCACCUCCGAUGAGUUAA